AUGGCGGCUACGGUUGAUCACAAAACCCUGGACAUGGAGCCACCCACCAAUGGCAACUUUCUAGCUCAACGCUGCAACUCAUUCCGGUCCCCUAGUUUCAAAAUCAAACGCCAUCCUGAAAUAACUCUCACUAUUAACGAUGACGAUGACGAUGACGAUUCCUCCUUUGAUCGCCACGAUGACAACAAUGAUUACUUUCGGGAUUUAAUCCGAAAGGGUAAGGAGGAAAUCGAGCCGUCGGUUCUUGAUCCAAGGGAUGAGGGCACGGCGGACAAUGGGAUCAUCAGAAAUCCUUCCAUGAUCCGUCUUACCGGAAAACACCCCUUUAACUCUGAGCCGCCGUUGGACCGUCUAAUGCGUCAUGGCUUCAUCACCCCGGCCCCACUUCACUAUGUUCGUAACCACGGUCCGGUUCCAAAGGCUGACUCGUCUAAUUGGACGAUUGAAAUCAUCGGACUCCUCGAAAAUCCGACAACAUUCACACUCCAACAACUUGUCAAUGACUUCAGAUCUAUCGAGUUUCCAGUUACUAUAACGUGUUCUGGCAAUCGACGAAAGGAGCAAAACAUGUUCAAACAAACUAUUGGGUUCCAUUGGGGAGCUGCCGUGACCUCUACCUCACUAUGGCGGGGCGUGCCAUUACGUGAAGUACUAAAACGGUGUGGCAUCUUCAGCCGUCAUAGAGGAGCCUUGUAUGUAUGGAUGGAAGGUGCUGAUGACCUCCCUGGUGGAGGAGGCUGCAGCUAUGGCACCAGCAUAAGAAGAGAAAUGGCAAUGGACCCAUCAAGAGAUAUCAUAAUAGCCUACAUGCAAAAUGGCGACCCUAUCCCACCCGACCAUGGCUUUCCAGUAAGGAUGAUUGUACCGGGGUUCACCGGUGGGCGUAUGGUCAAAUGGCUCAAACGAAUCAUCGUUACAAAUAGAGAAUCUGACAAUCAUUAUCAUUUUAUGGACAAUCGUGUGCUUCCGUCUCACGUUGAUUCUGAAUUGGCAAACGCGGAAGGAUGGUGGUACAAACCGGAGUAUGUUAUCUACGAGAUGAACAUAAACUCGGUGAUAACAACGCCAUCACACGAUGAGAUGCUAUCUAUCAAUUCACAGACGACUCAGUCGACGUACACGCUGAGGGGAUACGCAUAUUCGGGUGGUGGGAAGAAAGUGACACGGGUGCAGGUGACGUUGGACGGUGGGGAGACGUGGAAAAUAUGUAAUUUGGAGUACCAUGAGAAGCCCAACAAGUAUGGGAAGUAUUGGUGCUGGAUUUUCUGGUCGGUUGAGGUGGAAAUUGUGGAGCUGUUUGGCUCCAAGGAGAUUGCUGUCCGAGCUUGGGAUGAGACCAACAACACGCAACCAGAAAACCUCAAUUGGAAUCUCAUGGGCAUGAUGAACAACUCAUGGUUUCGAAUCAAGAUUAACGUAUGCAAACCCCAAAACGGAGAGCUGGGAAUCGUGUUCCGCCACCCAACUCUCCCCGGCAACCAGUCCGGCGGCUGGAAGGAAAAGGACAAAAUCAAUCCCACCGACCCACCUUCCUCAAAACCCACAAACGACAAAAACAAGACCACCGCCGCCAAAACAUUCCCCAUGUCGGAAGUCAAAACCCACAACACGCCGGAAUCCUCCUGGAUCGUCGUCCACGGCCACGUCUACGACUGCACUCCGUUUCUCAAAGCCCAUCCCGGCGGCGCCGACAGCAUCCUCAUCAACGCCGGAACCGACUGCACGGAAGAGUUCGACGCCAUCCACUCCGACAAAGCCAUAAACAUGCUGGAAGACUACAUGAUCGGCGACUUAUUGACCGAAAACGACAGUGAAGAGAAGACGUCAUCAUCCGAAGCGGUUGAACAACACGUGGCACUGGUCCCAGGAAAGAAAAUCCCGGUUAAAUUGAUAUCGAAGAUUUCAAUAUCUCACAACACGAGAAUUUUCCGGUUCGGUCUAUCUUCAAAAGACCAAGUUUUGGGAUUACCCGUCGGAAAGCACAUAUUUUUAUGCGCCAAUAUCGAGGGAAAGCUCUGCAUGAGAGCCUACACGCCGUCAAGCUCCGUUGACGAAAUGGGCUUCUUUGACUUGGUCGUAAAAGUUUACUUCAAGAAUAUGCAUCCCGAUUUCCCAAAUGGCGGCCUCAUGUCACAGUAUCUAGACUCACUCCCAUUGGGCUCAAUCGUAGACGUAAAAGGCCCACUGGGCCACAUAGAAUACCUGGGCCGCGGCAACUUCACGGUCCACGGAAAGCCCAAAUUCGCGAAGAAGCUGGCGAUGGUGGCCGGCGGGACAGGGAUAACGCCGAUAUAUCAAGUGGUGCAGGCGAUAUUAAAGGAUCCGGAGGACGAGACGGAGAUGUAUGUGGUGUAUGCGAAUCGGACGGAGGAGGAUAUUCUGCUGAGGGAGGAGUUGGACACGUGGGCGAAGGAGAAUGAAAGAUUGAAAAUAUGGUACGUGGUGAAGGAUGGCGUUAAAGAAGGGUGGCCGUACAGCGUGGGGUAUAUUAAGGAAAGUGUUCUGAGAGAGCAUAUUCCGAUGGGGUCGCCGGAGAGUCUGGCUUUGGUGUGUGGGCCGCCGCCGAUGAUUGAGUUGACAGUGAAGCCCAUAUUGAAAGAAAUGGAGUAUGACUUAGAGACUUCGUUGCUGGUGUUUUGA